GCAAUGACGAGAACAAUCAUUGAGCUUACACUACCAAACCAUCUGAGAAAUCAGAAGGUUCAGAAUGUGUGAAUGAAUGAACAGAAAUCUUAGCAGGCUUCCAACUCUCUCAUCUCGAAUACCUUUGGUUUUUUGUGUGGCGGUCGCAGGUCUUUGAUUCUAUAAUUUGGAUCGAGCCACAAUGACGACAAUCAGCUCCUCUUGAGAUGUUCGCAAUGUUCUACCACUUUGAAUGUCCAUUGUUCGAGUUUCUGAGAGAUCGGGAAUGAAAGUCUUAGGCAUUGAUUGUGGUAAUGCAUUUGCAAAAGAGUCAUCGCUGAAAGCGGAAAAUAGUUUUCAAUCGGAGUAGCUUGUUUCACAUUUCCAGUCAUUCUUGUAAUCAUUCCUUGCAAACUUCGAUAGUAUCGAUGUGAAAGUGUUUGGAAGUUUAUUUCUUUGCCCGGUGAUGACCAAACGUGUCCAAAAAGCCAAAUUUGCAGGCCAACCUACUAUCUUAUACUUGCCUUGGGGCUAAAUAAGAUGGAAAGCGUUCGCGAUGAGAACUUGAGAGCUUAUCUGAGGGCACCUUCAAUCUUUAUUUCCUUUCAUGGCACAUUUCCAGCCCUCCUCGUCUUUAUAGUUCUUUUUUUCGCAGUAUAUUCUUUUUCCGCAUGUCUUGCUUUAUUCUCACAAAAUCCUUGUUACACUUUAGCGGGGCUUUUGUUAUGGAAUGGAUUGUGGGUUUCUCCACUGGUGCUGCCACAACAUAUCAGCCUCGCCACAAAAAAAAUGAGAACAAAGAAUUAUUAAUUCACCUGCAAGCACUCAUAAAUCAACGAUUUCAGUGAUUCUAUCUUCUCAUACCUCAACACUCUUUCCCGGGAGCACAUCAUUUUUGCUACUUCUACUCACUCCAUUUUAACUAUUGAUAUCGAUAGACAUAUUCCAGUUAGUGGCGUUUACUGCCAUGUUUUCGAGGCUCUCUAUCAAUUCGCAUGAUGGCAGUGAACAAACUUCGCCCUUGACAUCUUCGUCCUCGUCCUCUUUGCUCGAAGGAGCGCAUCUCUCAAUAAACACCGCAGUUGAACAAGCUGAUGCCCCUGAUUAUGCGAUUCUGUGUGUUGACGGGUUGUCUUCCGCUGGAUUAUUUGAGGAUGCGGCAGUCAUUGCCCAAGGAUAUUUAUACGAGAAGCCAAAUCAUGCACUGUUUUUGAAGCACUUGGCUAAAGGUUUAUUUGAAACAGAACAUUACAGCGAAGCUAGCCAGAUAUACCAGCGUCUAGAGGCAAUGUCAGGGUUGGCCAACGACACAGAAAAAAAACUCUGGACCAUCGAAGCACUUCUCAACGACAAUCGACCUGGAGCAGCGCUUGACGAAUUUCUCAGAACUCCUUCACUAGAAGAAUGUGCCAGAGGACUGUGUUUCAAAAGCCGCGCCUUGCGGAAACUAAAGCAGCCUGCAGCAGCAAGAGCUGCCGCUGACCAGAUGUUGGAAGUAGCUGGCGAAAAUGUCGUUGUCGACUAUUGGGUUGAGUAUGGGUUGGUACUGUAUGAUUUGCAGGAUUUCAUAGGAUCAUUGAAAUAUUUGCGACAGGGCGCAACAGAAGAUGUGAUCGAAUCUGCCCUAGGGCUAUCAGGCGAAGCGAAGGAAGCGGAAGAGAUGUUUCAUUCUCCGCAGACAUUGAGUCCAUGCCAUCGUCGUAAAAUUAUUAAUGGGCCAGCUACCGAUUGGGAAGAAUUUAGGGGAAGAGCAAAUUGGAUGAAGACACUCCCCGACUUGCGUGCCCUAGUGCAGGUUUCAUUUCAUAACUCUCUCCCGGACCCGGAAGACUUGGCCAGUUGUUUGUGCAUAUUAGGUACCAGGCAUCGAGAAGGUGGCACUCACGAAGCAGCCUCCGCAUGCUUUGAAAUUGCGCUCAAAAUUAAUAGUACAUCUGCGUUUGUGUUGUCCAUGUCAGCUACAAAUCUUGCAGCCAACGCCCCUCUUAAUGAAUCUGACGAAGCACGUUUCGCACGUCUCCACAAGGCGGAUGAUCUCUGGGAACAACUAUUAAAAAUUGGGCCCUACACUGACGGAUCCUUCGAAAUUCCACAUGCCGAGAUCUAUCGCCGACGUGCAGAACUGUGGAAAGACAUCAAAACAUCGCUCUACGAGAAGUACUUGUUUAAAUAUGCGGAAAUUAUCAAAUCCCCUGCAGAAUUCAUAUCGGUAGCAAAAGUGUUGAGGUCUAACCAAAAAACCGACGGUAUUAAUACAAUUGCAUAUAAAGAACGUGCUGAAAGAGUCGAUCGGCUGUAUUAUGAAGCGCUGCAUUCUCCAGAAUAUUCACCCACCCAUGCCCCUCAAAAGGCAGCCCUUGUAUAUGGAUGGCGUGUUGACAACCUCGCAUAUGGUGAUAUUGAUCCAGAACGGCAAGAGCGAUUUCUCCGACAGAAGAUGGAGCUUGACGGUAACCCUGAUCGCUUGUUGAACUUUAUUGGUAAAGCAGGAGAUCGCGAUCGCGAAGUCUUACAAUUGCUUGAGAGCGCUGAACGGAAAUUUGGUGGGAAGUAUGUUGCAUUAGCCAAGGACCAAAGAAAAUACCUCAAAAAUAUUGAGAAGAUAAAAAAGACUACCGGGAAUAAAACACCAGAUGAUUCUCUUAAGCAAGAUCCUGUUCAGAACAGUAUCAAACGAACACGAGUAGCCGCUGGCUGGCAUGCUUGGAAGGCACAAAAAUAAUAUCGGAGGAUUCGUAGGCCUAAUAAUAAAAAGAUGCUUCUGAUAGUGAUGAGCGAGUCAAUAGAUGACUCCUCAAAAUACAUUUCUCGACACUUCGCAAAGCUGCACGAUCAAAACUUUUACUACAUGCUCCACACACAUAUUCAUUCAUUUUAUGUUGGAAUUCAUAUUUAUACCAAAUGAAGCAUUUUUCAAGACUGUAAUAGCGUUAUAUAUAAGCAAUUCUUUUUGGCGAUCAACACCUGCAGACAUCUCAAUCUUAAAACUCGAGAAUCUUUCAUCCAACGCUGUCCAAUAGAUUUUUUACUGUGAGACUAUUCGAAUUAUUCUUGAUGCAAGGUUUUGGUGGUAUUGCUAAUGCAAAUCGUUUGUGGAUGUUUUUCUUGUUUUCAUCACAUUGAAAGUAGCUGGUCUCUUGGAGAUGGAUAACAUCUUAUUCCUUUGCUAGUAUAAUUUCGACUAAAGAAAUAUUCACGGGCGAUGAAAGAAUGCUCCAGGAAAGAACUAUGUUUAAUAUGAAUCACAGUUACAUUGACACUUUAAUCUGAUCAUGAAAGUUUGCUUUCAUUAGAAGAUUAUUAUGGUUCGGUAAUUGACCCCAAAUGGGACAAUUUGGUUUGAGCCCA